UGGACGGACGGACGGACGGACGGACGGGCUUUUCGGAAACUUUCGCCAUAUUUAUUUUUAUUUGGAUCGCAGCUUGCUUGACAUGGCUCGGCUUGAAAGAGGCUUGACUUACAGUUCUAUCCUUCACUUUUAAUGUCGAAUCUUCUACUUCAUCCAAGCAUUGUGCUUGUUUAGAUAGUCAUUGUUUUCAUUAUAUUGUUAAGGCUUACUGGCUAGCUAUACGUGAUAUCUUACCUUCCAUCAUGGCCAACGAAGAUAACUCUUGGAGAACUGCAAGCUUCAGGCAAAAUAUUGUCAACAAAAUGAAGAAUACCUAGGUUUUGUCGCCCGAUUAAUCCUUCAUGUGCGAGAAGUCAGUAUCAAGCAUGCUGGUUUGCCUUAAUUGUAAGUUUGUUGAUUGCUUGUGGGAGGACGAUAGCUUUUCCAUGCCUUGAAUUUCUCUUGAGGCCAAAUCUAGCCUUCCGGUUAUGUACUUUGUGACAAUUAACAUUAGAGUGCACCCUGAUGAUUCAUCAAAUGAAGCAUGUGCCAUCGCACUAACACGCAGACUUCAACCUAAUACCUGCUAGACAUGAAGAAAAACGGAAUGGUGAACGGUGUGGGCCUUGGUGUUGGGGGAAUGGGAAUUCUGCAGGGAAUGCCUGAUCCCAUCAACGCGCUGCAAACUCUAGCCAGGCAAGGGACGGGCCUUGGUCAAGGAGGCAGCGGUGGACCAGGCAGUCUGCAGCAGGCUAAUGCAACCACAUUGCUCCAGACUCUGAAUCAACGCCCCAAUAUGCAGAGAAUAGGAAUGAACCCCAAUGUCCAGGGGCAGCCAAUCCCUGGACAGAUGCAAGCACAAAUGGGUGGGCAAAUGGGGCAAAUGGGUGCCCAGAUGAACCAGAUGGGUGGGCAGAUGGGUGGCCAAAUGGGCGGCCAAAUGGGUGGCCAAAUGGGUGGGCCAAUGGGAGCUCAAAUGGGCGGCCAAAUGGGUGGACCAAUGGGAGCUCAAAUGGGUAAUCAAAUGCAGAGACCUAUGGGCGGACAAAUGCAAGGGCCAAUGGUACAAAUGACGGGACCUAUGGGUGGGCAGAUGAAUCAAAUGGGAGGACAGCUGCCUAUGGGCAACCAAAUGCAAGGACAGAUGCAAGGGCAGAUGGGUCCUAUGGGCGGUCAAAUGGUUGGACAGAUGUCAGGCCAGAUGGGCAAUCAAAUGGGUAAUCCAAUGUCAAUGAAUGGCCAGAUUCCUAAUCAAAUGCAGAUGAAUGGUCAGAUAUCUGGACAACUUGGGGGGCAAAUGGGUAAUCAAAUGGCAACACAGCUUGGUGGCCCAGGUGGACAGAUGGGUCCUAACCAGAUGAAUGGUCAAAUGUCAGCUCAGAUGAUGAGCCAAAUGAGUAAUCACAUGGGCAAUCAAAUUGGUGGUCCAAUGGGAGCUCAAAUGAAUGGACAAAUUAAUAACCAAAUGGGCAACCAGUUGCAAACCAAUUUGAGUAAUGCAGGCCCUAACCAAUUACUAAACCAAAUGGGGCCUCAAAUGGCAAACCAGAUGGGUAAUCAAAUGCAUGGACAGAUGGGGGGUCAAAUGCAACAAUCCUCAGGACCAAUGGGUGGAAUGGGUAUGCAAAAUUCAAUGGGUCCGCAAAUGGGCAAUCAAAUGCAUGGUCCUAUGGGAAGCCCGCUCAAUCCACCAAUACCUUCACCGAUGCAGACUACUAUGCAUAUACCUCAACGCAAGGGCAACGAAAAUCCUAUGAUGAAUCAAAAUCCAAAUUUUGUUGGGCCUCGAAACGUUACACCAAAUCAGUUUUUGCGGACAAGUCCCUCACCCAAUGUGCAGUCGCCUGCUGGAAUGGGAGCAGGACCGGCAAGCAAUCAAAUGGUAUCAUCACCUGUAGUUGGUCUAGCCCCAUCUCCCAGUUCACAACUUGGGCCUGUUCCUGCACAGCAAAGGAGUGUCGGUAUAGCGCUCUCGCCAGGUUCCUCUAUAAAUACACCAGGACAGGCACAACCGGCACCAAGUCCGUUAGCUCAGCCGUCACCUGAUGAUCAAGCUUACCGAGACAAAAUAAAACAUUUAAGCAAAUACAUUGAGCCCUUGCGUAGAAUGAUUGAGAAUAUGAAAGAUGGUGAAAAGAUGAGCAAGAUGAAACAGCUUCUAGAUCUUCUUUCCAAUCCCGCUAAACGCACUCAAAUAGAAACAUUGAACAAAUGUGAAAUUGUAUUGGAUAAAUUAGAUUUUUCUAGGUAUCCUGAACAACCAGCUGCACCAUCACCUGGUAGUAACUUUCCACCUGCACCUUCUAUAGGUUCUCUAAAAGAUAAUGUUCUUUUUCGUCCCCUUUUGGAAGCAAUGAGUACUACCCUUCAAAGCCCAAUGGCCAAUCACACUUUACAACGUACUUUUGGAGCUACAAAUCAAGCAUUGUUUGGAUCUGAUUUGAAGUUGCUGCCUCCUCCAAAGAAGAAAAAAAUUGAGGAGAUUUCCUCAGAUAUACCCGAACUUCUUCAAGGAGAAAUAGCCCGACUUGAUCAACGCUUCAAGGUUAGUCUUGACCAAACUCAACCGACCGGUGGCAAUUCCAUUCAACUGCUGUGUUGGCUUGAUGAUCGUCAUCUUCCUUGCGUUCCACCGGUGUCCUUAACUGUACCUGAUGACUACCCAUCUUCUCCACCUCGUUGUGUCUUAGGACCCCAUGAUUAUGGUGCUACAGAGUUUUUAUUAGCAGUACAAAAUGCAUUAGAUGCACGAAUGAAGAAGCUACCCAUUAGGUUUACUGUUUCUCAAUUACUACACACAUGGGAAAUGGCUGUUAGACAAGCAUCUGCCCCUUCCAAUACCCAACCGAGUGCAACAACUGUGUUAUUAGGAUUGUGACAGCAGACUGGCACUGUAGUUUUUCAAAUUGUUUACCUCAACAUAAAUACCUUAGUAUUACAAUGUUUUUCUUGCUGCCUAUUUUAAAGCUUUUAUAAUGUACAUAAAGUCAUAAACUCAUCAUAGACUUAAUGAAAACUCAUCAGUGGUAUAAUGCAAUUCCUAAAGGUAGCUCUUAAGUAUGACUGACUACUUCCAGCAAUCAGAAAGUGACACCAACCUGAAAUUGUGAAAACAUUUUCAUUAUAAUUUGGUAGGUGGCGGUGGUAGUAGUGUACCAUCUGGUCUUUCAAAUAUGAUCAUUUUUUUUUUUUUCCUGAGGACGACAAGGCUCUGUGAUGUGAUACUUCUAAAUGGUCUCAAUUCUAUGACCACUUUUGAUAAUAGCUAAAUUAUGAAUCAAUCAACUGCCAAUUUUUAAAAUAUAGUAAUAUUUUGUGCAAUUUUGCAUGUUUUGCAGUUCAUAGGAAGAUAUUUUGGAUGAGUUUGUGUAUGUGAAGAAAUUAACCAAAAGAUCUUGACAAGAAUUGUCAGUUGUGAUUUGUCAAAAUUUGUCUUCCUGUUGUAUUGUUAUUACUUGUACAAACACUUUAAAUCAAAUCUAUCUAGAUAUUUUAAAGUUUAUAAUGUCUUCUACAUUCUGAGACCUCUUCUGUUACCAUAUGCAUGUGCAAUACCUACUAUAAAUAACUGUUAGUCUGGAUUUCAAUAGAACUGACAUUCCCAAUUCAUAUGUAAUUUCUUUUGGGGCGUAAGUUACAAUCCUGACAAUUAACCAUAAAAAAAAGAACUACUCAUUGAUUUAGUGUAAAAUUUUGUUAGUAGCAUUUGAGACGUCCAUUUUACAAGCAUAUACAUAUAGUGAUAAGGCACUUGGCCAUACCAAACCUCAUAUUUUUUAAUUUUGCUUUCUCAAAAGUUGUUGUGUUUACCUCUCAUAUUUCCCGUUACUUUUUAACUCAACAUAAAAAAUGCCUUGUCAGAUUUAAUUGUUGUCUGAUUUUCUCUUAUAUUACACAAUACAGCCGUAUUCUUGUGUUUACUGUUUAUUAUCUCGGUUUUUAAGAGAAUAUUAGUUACUACUUGCCCAUCUCCGCAUUUUUAAAGUAGUAGCAGUAGUAGUAGUAUGGGCUUUUUAUAAGUUGUGAUCCUAAUAAGAAUUAUACAUUUUUGUGACCUAUUGAGAGGACAUGAUCUUUCAACUCAAUUGUAAAAUGUGUUAUUACAGUGGGUAUAUUCAUUGACUAUUUGCCCAAUCUGACCUUAACUGAUUUUUAAGUUAGUGUGGUAUAUCUUAGGCUCAUGUCUAAGUUUAGAGACAAAUCAGUGUCCAAUCAAUUGAUUCAGAAGAAAAUAAAUGGGAAGCAGGGAAAUGUACAGUUGCUGAGUACAGAAGUAUAUCUAGCCUGCAGAGGUUUUUAGCUGUAAGCUAUAGUUCAUCCAUAUUAGUCAAUGUAAAUACGGUAGGUGGACCCAAGGCAUUUCAUUCCUCUACUGUCAAGAAUCACAAUGAAGCAGUACUUUUUUCUGCCUCACGUGUGUUAUAGUUUUCAGCUUUUAUAGAUAAUAUAUCACAGAUAGUACUAUAGCAACUUUAAUAUUUAUUACGACAGGUUUUACAUUACGACAAUGAAGUAUGAAAUCAAUUAAAUACUAGCAUCUGUUAAAUCAAAUACUAUAUAAACUGAGAAGAACUAUAACUAAUGAUGGAAUCACUGUACUCAGUCUUGUAGCACCUGCUGUGAUAAGAGAAAGGAAAUAAUGUUAGCCUCAGUGUUUCCAUGAGCAAAAUUAUAGGAAGAAGCUUUGUGAUGUCAAAAGCUUGGAGACAUUAAGUUAUAGUGUAAAAGGGGCGGAAUGGCAUCACCUUAACUUAUUACAAUGUUAAAUAAAAUGCAUAUCUAAA